CUCAUCGAAGAAGAAGUGCGUACUUGCAAGUUGAAAGGUCACGGGGCGGUGUUUCAUGUUGUACUAGCUACGUGUGCUUCUGACGGGCUAGCCAGCAAGCUGAAGCGAAAUAAUUGCAGUGAACAUCAUGGUACUACUUGAAAACGACUCGUUUUUGACGGAGCUGACACGGCUGUUCCAGAAAUGCAGGACAUCAGGCAGUGUUGCCAUCACGUUAAAGAAAUAUGAUGGGAGAACCAAACCAGUCCCCAGGAAAGGUCACCCAGGGAAUUAUGAACCAGCAGACAACAAGUGUCUACUCAGAGCGUCAGACGGCAAGAAGAAAAUCAGCACAGUGGUUAGUAGCAAAGAAGUAAUCAAGUUCCAGAUGGCAUACUCUAACCUCCUGAGAGCUCACAUGGACGGGCUCAAGAAGAAAGACAAGAAAAGCAAAAGCAAGAAAACCAAAGCCACCCAAUGAGCAACAGACUCUUUCAUAGCAUACUGGGGGAACCCAGACUGGCCUGUACCACCUCCAAGGAGCUCCAACUAUCACCUCUACCUCUAUCCUUCCUGCUCUAUGUUCCCUGAGGCCCACCAUCCUCCACCUGGGGACAGCUUUGACAUCAUGCCAUUGUUUACACAGCAAUGUCUCAUCCCUGGCCAGUGAAUGGCAUCGUCUAUAUAGGGCGGGAGGAAGGGAGAGCUGAGGAUAUUUAACACUCAGAGGAUACUACAAGGGAGCUGCCUUUUGAUUCACCCCCCCCCAAAUCAUCUAUGGUGUGGAUAAAGGUUACACAGAGCUGCUUUCAUUUAUGGAGUCACUGAAAGGAUGGAGCACGUCGAUGAAAUGCCUUUCAAAUCGUUUUAAUUUGAACUACUAGGCCCUGUCUCUCUUUAUGUUUGAAUUAUCCCUCAAUUUGAUUUGCUUGUCAAUUUGAUUACAUUUUCACUAAAGUUCUGAUUUACUUUCCAAUUGGACCUUGUCUUAACCAUUUGUGGAUAGAUUAUUACUGUGUACUGUGAGUGAAUAUGCCAUAUACAUUUGUUAAGGUUGGGGCUGAAUGCUUUUUCUUGCUAUUCAAAUUAAUAUUAUUUUUAUGAGGGAAAGUGAGAUCCUGAGUUUUUGUCUUAAGAAAUACCAACAAAAUUAUUAAAUGGUUGAGUUCCUUAUUGGUCCAAUUAAAUUUUUCAACAGUCAUGUGUCUGUCCACUAAAUGAAGUUGGUAAAUUCAUAGUUGUAAGGCAAGCUGUAGAGGAAGGGCCCCAAAGUAAGCUGACACAAUGCUGCUUUGGUACUUAGAAAUGUGUCGUUGUUUCCUGUGUUCUAAUUUGUGGGAUGGAUAUGUCAUGAUGGAAUAUUGAGUGAGGGGAAAGUAUUUUGAAACUUAAUGAUUUAGUAUAUUUACUGGCAGCUGAAAGGCAUUUGAUCUAUGGAUACAGAGAGAACCUUGUACAUUAGUGUUUGAGGUUAAAAACUAUCACAACACCUAACCAUGGAAAUGCUCUGUAAGGAUUAUAAUUACUUUCCAGUGAAUGUGACAAACGCAGGGCUGACACUUUUGACAUAAUUCAUCUGCCAUUUAUGUCACUAUCAGAAUGUCAUUUGUGAGGAAUACAGCUGAUGUUACUGUAAAUUGAUCUGGUUCUUUUUCAAAAUAAAUUACAAUAUGGCA